AUGAUGGCUGGCAACUUGUGGAGAACAUGGCCAUAUCAACAGAAUGCUAUGGAGAGUAUGAAAGUAUGGAGCUCGACCGCGCGCUCGAUCGAGCUGGACGCUCAGAUGAGAAAAGACAUGCUUGCACUCAACUCGAAGUUGGACAAACUGAUCCUAGCCCAAUUCCCUGCCAAGCAUGUCAACUAUGUCUCAGAACAAACCUUAGUCAAGGACCAGGAAGGGGAGGAGACAACACAAGAAGUUUGCUACAUUCAAAAUAGACAAGGAAGCUAUAGGAAUCCUCAACAAGGGGAUACAACAAUUAUCAAGCCCCCUGGCCGCACCAACAACAAUGUUCCACAAGGUUCAACACAAGGACUACUCAUACCCAACCAACUCAAGAUUGGGAUAUGA